AGUCAAGGUCUUAUGCGCACGCGUAAAACGCCUGUGUGCAUGUGCCAACGCGGCGCAUGUGCAGAAAGUUUUUAGCUUUGAGGUCCGGAUUGUAGAUCAUUCCGGAUUAUGUGUGUCCGAAUUACCGACUUUUCACUGUAACUUUUGACUUAACUUGUAACCUUGUACAUUAUGUAAAUAAUUAAAUAUUUGUGUGGCCUAACUUAGUUAGUUUUAUUUUGGAACCAGCACUAUUAUCUCUCGUAACUCAUCACAUUUUAUAUCAAACAAAAAUAUGGUCUGUUCGCGGAGUUGUUUUGUUUUUGUUAACUAAGUUCGUAUUAGUAUAGAAUGGCCACUAUAGUUACUUUAAAUCGAAAGAAGGGCUCAGCUAACUAGAAUAGAGACUGUCAUAGCGGAUAGUACCAGCACAUGGACUAAAAUCAAAAUAGAUGCCAAGCUCAAGGCCUUGGAAAAGAUGUCUGUUGCUUUGGAUGCACUUCGAUCGGAAUAUUAUAUUGCUCUGCCUGAAAAGGAUGAUACUUCUGAAUUAGAAGAGGAAUUAUAUUUGCAGUGCAAAUACUGCACAGAGAUCUAGAAGCAAGAAUCGACGAUCUAGAGGAUUAACUCCCAUAGUAGCUGCAGUUUGGAGUAGAAAUUUAUCCACAGUAAAACUAUUGGUUGAAGCUGGGGCAAUUAUUGAGCAUUCAUCUAAUACUGCUGAACAAAAUGAAUGUGACAUGUCAGCUUUAAUGGCUGCAUCUCUGCUAGGAUGUGAUGCUAUUAUUAGGAUUCUGUUAAAAAAAAGUACUAAUGUCAACCAGAUGUCUCCAGUCACUGGUUUGACCCCAUUAAUGCUUGCUGCUUAUAAUGGUCAUAAGGAAACUGCUCAGAUCAUCAUUGAAUCAGGAGGUAAUGCUAACAAAGUUGAUAUAUGUGGAAGAACUGCUUUAGAUAUUGCUAGGGUUUGUAAUAAGAUUGAAGUCAAAGCAUACUUGGAAAGGUUGAUUCAUAUGAAACAUGCAAAAGCGGCUUUACGGCAAUCUGAUGGAACAGAUCUCUUUCAGGCUGUGAAAAAUGGUAAUGUCCUGGCAGUUAAAUCAAUUUUGUUAGAAAAUCCAAAUUCUAUAAAUGCUGUAGAUCCACAUGAUGAUACAACACCUCUAAUGUUGGCUGCAGCAUCAGGCCAUCUUGAUAUCGUAAAAGAACUUAUAUCUAGUGGUGCAGAUAUAAAUGCUCAAGAUCCGACAAAUGGUUGGACUGCAUUAAUGUUUUCAGUUUUUCGUAGGCAAUCUGAUGUAGUUCAUUUCUUAAUAGAGAAAGGGGCUUCACUUGAUAUACAUUCAUCAAAUGGCUGCAGUGUUCUUGAUUUGGCAUAUCUCUCAGCUAAUUGUGAGUCAAAUAUUAUUGAAAUUUUAACAUCUCAUUUAGAGUUGGAAACAUCUGAUGAUGAAUUUUUGAGAAGUCAUUCAACUUCAUCAUCUAAUGCAUCUACUUAUAUGCCAACUGCUGAAAAGCUUUCUUCUGAUCAACCAGUAGAAGAAGAACAGGAAUGGACAAGUGGUAUUGCUCAUUACUUAACUUCCAAGUUUCCUCUUCCAUCUAUUAAGAUUUCUUCAACUAUCAACUCAUCAGAUCCUGAUGAAACUUGUGAUGAAGUCUUUUCGGGUGACGAUGUUCUUCCUGAGCAUAUUGUUACUGCUCUAGAGGAACAAUGUGUUGAAGCUCUAGCAUCACCAGUAUUAGCCAGCACUUCAAGUCACAUAGAUAUAUUAAAAAAAACUUCCAUAAGGAAACUUUCUGGAGAUAAAUCUCCAAAACCUUCUGUAACAUCACUUCAGACACCAAAACUUCUAAAAAAUUACAGGAAAAAACGUUCUGUUUCUAUCAGUGGAAGAAGUCUUAGAAAACCGAUGAAUUCUGCAAAAUGUUUGGGUUUACCUAAAUAUUUUGAUGUGUCAAGAGAAUGUAAUUCAAGUUCAGAUCCUGGAUUAAAGCCAAAAUCUCUGGAACCCAAAACAGAAGAUGAAGAUUUACUUGCAGGUAGUUUAACUGAUGUGCUAAACAAAUUAUCACUUAGACAAUAUGUGGACAAAUUCCGAGAGCAAGAGGUUGACAUGAAUACUUUUCAAUAUUUGACAGAAAAUGACUUAAAUGAAAUUGGCAUCAGCAGUGAAUCUCAAAAGAAGUUAAUGGAAAUUAUUACAAAGUUAAAAAAUACAUGAAAAUGAACAAUGUUUAAAUUUUCUUGUAACUGGUAGAUCAAGAUUCAUUUACAUGGUUCAUUAUUUUAUGUAAUGAAUCAACAACUUUAUGCUACUGAAAUAUCUUCAAAAAAGUAAAUUUAUGUAAAUAAGAUGUACAUAUAUAAAAUUUUUAAUAUAGUAUGUUAAAAAUACAUCAAAUAGUUGCAAUAGCAUAUUCAAUAGAUAUUAAUAAAUGGUAUAUUUUUAAUAAAAAAACAAAUGUGCUGAUUUGUUUUGGGUUUAAAUAAAUUUAAAAAGUACUAGUUAUAAGAUUUGAUUACUCUGUUUUUGAAGUAGAGACUGGCUUAGAAUGAAAUUCUGUUGUUUUCAGUAGUAAAUUUAAAUUACAUAAUAUGGAAGUUGCAAGUAAAAAUACAUACAGUCAAAAGUCUUUAAUCCGGACGCCCAUAAUUUGGACCUCAAAGCUACAAACUUUCUGCGCAUGUGUUUACGCAUG